AUGGACAUUCAGAACUUUGAAAAAGGGCGUAUAAAGGCCCUGCAGGAUGAGAGAGUCUAUAUACAGAAAAAGACUUUCACAAAGUGGGCCAAUGCCUUUUUGGAAAAGGCAAGACUGGAAAUCAAGGAUCUCUUUACAGAUCUGGCAGAUGGCAAGAUUCUCAUGAAACUGUUGGAGAUCAUUUCGGGAGAAACAGUUGGAAAACCCAACAAGGGGUUAAUGAGAGUACAGAAAGUGGAAAACUGCAGUAGAUGUCUGAAAUUUUUAGCUACAAAGGUGUACUUUGAGAAUAUUGGAGCAGAAGAUAUUGUAGAUGGAAAUCCUCGACUCAUCCUUGGCCUUAUAUGGACUAUAAUCCUUCGCUUCCAGAUCCAGGAGAUUGAAAUAGAAGUGGAUGAAGAAUCUUCGGAGAAAAGAUCAGCUAAAGAUGCCUUACUGUUAUGGUGUCAACGAAAAACUCAGGGAUAUCCUGGUGUCAACAUUACAAACUUCUCUAACAGCUGGAGAAAUGGCCUGGGAUUCAAUGCUCUUAUUCAUGCCCACAGACCUGACCUGAUAGAUUAUGACAGACUAGCCCCAGACGAGCAUAUAGAAAACCUCAACAAUGCCUUUACAUGUGCCAACAGCCAACUUGGUAUUCCACCCAUCUUGGAUGCUGAGGAUGUUGAUGUUAACCGGCCCGAUGAGAAAUCCAUCAUCACCUACGUUGCCUCCUACUACCAUUAUUUUGCAAAGAUGAAGAGUGAGAUGACUGGAGGAAAGCGGAUUGCUAAGAUCGUUGGCCUGAUGAUGGAUGUAGAACGUAUGGUAGAUGACUAUGAGACACUCACCACACGCCUUCUUGAGUGGAUCGUACAGAAGGUGGAGGAACUCAAUGACCGCAACUUCCCUAAUUCAGUGGAGGGAAUACAAAAAGAACUGAUUAAGUUCAAGGAAUAUCGAACAGUGGAGAAACCUCCCAAGAUGAGGGAGAAAGGAAACAUUGAAGCUCAGUACUUCAACAUACAGGCCAAACUGAAGGCUAAUGGUCAGAUUUUGUACACACCACCAGAGGGACAACUCAUUCAUGAUAUAGAAACAGCCUGGAUCUGUCUGGAUAAAUCUGAACAUGUCAGGGAAGUGGCACUCAGGGACGAAAUGAUCAGGCAAGAGCGACUUGAACAGCUUGCUCAACGAUUCAGAAGAAAAGGUGAGAUCCGAGAGUCGUGGCUGGAAGACAUGGGUCAGAUUUUAGAUGAGAAGAUUGUGUGUGAUGAUGUGGCCACUGUAGAGGCUGCAGUAAAGAAACAUGAAGCCAUCAGUGCUGAAAUCUUGGCAAGGAAAGACAGAUUUAAGGCGUUGAGAGGAUUAGCUGAUGAACUUGUUCAGGGAAAUUACCAUGCAAAAGGAGCAGUCCAAAAAACAGAUGACAGGAUUGCCAAGAAAUGGCAAGCUCUCCUUGACAAACUGGAGAAGAGGAAACUCACACUGUCUGGCUUCAAUAACCUUAUGAAUAUGUUCAGAGAAAUAGAAAGUAUCCAGGAGGAACUAAAAGAAGUAGAGAACAAGGUGAAGAUAGACGAGUAUGGAAAGCACCUACAGGCUGUAGAGGAAUACCUUCAGCAGCACAGCUUGGCUGAGACACAGCUCAACGCUCUGGGCAAGCGUAUACGAAAUCUUAAUCGUCGCUCAAAGAGCUCCACCUCCUCCUCUCAUCCAGAGGGCACUGUAUUAGAACAGAGGCUUGGGGAUGUCAACAAAGCCUAUGAAAGGGUGAAUGACAUGAGUAAUGUACGACACAAAGGUCUGGAUGUGGCCAAGAAAUACUACCAGUUCCUGCAGGAUGCAGAAGAAGAAGAAAGAUGGGUCCUUGAAAAAAUUGAUGUCUGUCGGUCUUCAAAUAUUGGCAAAGAUCUCAAUGCGGCUCUCGUACUGCUUAAGAAACAUGAGGCCCUGGAAGCAGAGAUGCAUGGAAGAUGGCCCCGCUGUGAACAGAUGUGCGGAGUAGGUCAAGACCUGGUCAACAGUGGACACAAGGCACGCUCAGAAAUUGGCUCCAAGAUCAACAGCUUAAUGGACAAGUGGAAACAACUCAAGGAAUUGUCCACGCUGAAAAAAACCAAGAUAGAAGAUGGCAUAGAAGCUCAUCAGUACUAUGCUGAUGCAAACGAGGCCGAGUCAUGGAUGAAGGAGAAGAUGCCCAUCGUUACCAGUGACGACUAUGGUAGAGAUGAAGCUAACUCCCAGGCUUUGUUAUCUCGGCACAACCGAUUGGAAGAAGAAAUCCGAGGGUUCAAGUCUGAAAUAAUGCGACUAGAUGAACUAGCUCAGUUGAUGACAAAAGCUGCAAGUGAACAUAAUAUUUCUCCGGAAAAGUUCAUGCCGCAAGAAAAUGGAAAGAACUCAGACGAGGAAGAACUUGUAGAAGAACUGGUUGAGGUUCCUCAUGAAAUUGAGGUUGAAGAGGUUGUUGAAAGGGAGGUUAUUCAAGAUGUUGUAGAAACUAGAAAAAUUCCACAAGUCAAAGCUAUGUAUGCCUACAAAGGACAGGGAAUGAAAGUUGACAAAGGGGAGAUCAUGAUUGUGGUCCAGAGAACCAAUGCAGACUGGUGGCAGAUUCGGAAAUCUGAUGGAACUGAGGGGUUUGUUCCAGCUAAUUAUGUCGCUGACAUUGAACCGAAAGUCACUCAGAAAAUUGUCAAGAGACCAACAAAGGUCCCAGAGAAGGUCAAAGUAAAAAAGACUGUCAUGAAGAAGGAACUUGUGAAAAAGAAGAAAGAGAAGUCGUCCAAGUUAAGAAGAGCUCCUUCAGUGAGAUCUAAGGCCAACCUUCAUUUUGACAAGGACAAUGUUGAUAAAAGGCAGCGUCAAGUGAAUGUCACUUACAACAAGCUUGUGCGACUAGCUCAGGCUCGAAGAAUUGCUUUGGAUGAUGCUGUGGCUUUGUUCAAGUUUUACCAAACGUGUGAUGAAUUGGAAGCUUGGAUGAUUGAGAAGGAACAAGUCUUGACCAGUAAGGAAAGUUUAGCGGACAACAUGGAGGCCGUUAGAAAGAAAUUUGAGAAUCUACUUACCAGUCUGGCUGCUAACAAAGGACACCUGGAUAGCAUCAAUAAAUUGGCUGACGAGAUUAUCAAGUCUGGUAGCAGUCAGAGAGACAAGGUGAAAAAACGCCGCCAGGAAAUAAAUGACAGUUGGGACAGAUUAAACCGUCUGAAGAUGGAGAAGGAAAAGAAUCUAGAAGGAGCCUCCAGCAUUGAGAUGUUCCAGUCAACCUGUGAUGAGCUGGGAGAGUGGAUGAAAGACAAAGAUGCCAGUCUCAAUACAGAUGAGGUGGCUAAUAACCUCAAGGCAAUUGAGGCUCUACAGCGUAAACAUGCGAAUUUGGAACGAGAGCUGGUUCCUGUAGAGGAGAAAAUGAACAGAAUGAAUUACCUAGCAGACUCAGUGAGAGCAUCCUACCCUGAUGAACGGGAAUAUGUGGAUCAGAGACAGAAAGAGCUGCAGAAUAUGUGGGAUAACUUAAAGAGAAAGGCUGAUGCCAAGAAGGACAAACUGGGAGAUUCACAAGAACGCCAGCAGUUCAACGAUGAUGCAAAGGAUUUGAUGGCAUGGAGUAGUACGAUGAAGUCCAAGUUGGCCACCAAUGACAUGCCUCGGGAUGUACAGAUGGCAGAGAACAUGAUAAAGGACCACGAUGAACUAGCUGAUGACAUCGAGGCCCACAAACCUAAAUUUGAGCAAGUGAAGGCUCUAGCAUGCAGUGUUCUGCAGAAAACACCUGAUGCAUCAGAUGUAAAAGAUAAAUUAGGGAAAUUGGAGGAGGAUGAAAAAGCCAUUAAUGAAAUGUGGCUCCACAGAAAAAAUCAGUUACAGGAUGCCUACGAUUUACAGGCUUUUAACAAAGAUGCAGACAACAUUGACUCAGUGACAAGCAGCCACGAAAAAUUUCUGGAGUUUGCUGACCUUGGGAGCACAGUGGAUGAUGUAGAGUCACUAUUCAAACGACAUGAAGAUUUUGAAAGUACACUACAGGCCCAAGAUGAGAAGGUGAAAGCCCUUGAUGAUCUUGCCAGUAAGCUGAUUGCAGAGGACCACCCUGACAAGGAUCACAUUGAUAACCGCCGAAAUCAGGCAUUAGAGAGACGGCAGAAGGUAAAAGAGAAGGCUUUGGAACGUCAUAAUGCACUGCUAGCUGCCCAAGGAUCUCAGGAAUUCAAGAGAGAUGCUGCAGAGCUGUCAUCUUGGAUGAAGGAAAAGUACAAAACAGCUACAGAUGAGUCUUACAGGGAUCUCACCAACCUCCAGGAAAAACUGAAGAAACACCAGGCUUUUGAGGCAGAACUUAAGGCCAACAGUGAAGGACUCAAGUCUCUAAAUGAGCAAGGAAAUGUCAUGAUACAAGAUAGACAUCCUGCUUCUCCUGAGAUCAAAGUCAUUCUUGAUGGCCUUAACACUCAGUGGAGGGACCUCUCGGAAAAGUCUACUGACAAAGGGAACAAACUCCGUCAGGCAGCUCAGCAGUAUGCUCUCAAUAAAGCAUUAGCUGAUGCUCAGGGGAAACUGGAUGAGAUGGAAAAGUCAGUGGCCAACCCCGAUGUCGGGUCUGACCUCCGAGGGGUCAAAGCAUUGUUGAAAAAGCACCAGAAUCUAGAGAGUGAUUUGGUCUUGUUAGAUGCAACCAUCAAUGACAUCAUUUCUCAGGGCCAGGCUCUGGCAGACUCUGGCCAUUUUGACAGUGCAGGAAUCCGAAAGGCUGUUGAUGUCUUUAACACAAGAUUUGGAAAAUUGAGGCCUGAAGUGGAGAGAAGGAAAGACCUUCUACAGGACUCACUUCACUUCUAUCAGUUCAAGUUUGAUGCAGAUGAAGAGAUUAUCUGGAUUAAAGAGCACCUGCCUGCUGCCUCCUCAACAGAAUAUGGCAAAAGUCUGGUAGAUGCUCAGAAUCUACACAAAAAGCAUCAGAAACUUGACCUGGAGAUACUUGGCCAUCACCCCAUUGUUGAGAAGGUGAUAGGUACUGGAGAGAAACUGAUAGAGGAGCGCCACUCCAGUGCCAAACAGAUCAAAGACAAGUGUCAAGAACUACAACUCUCCAGGGAUGAUCUUGCCAACAAGUCCAAAAUACGCAAGAAGAACCUUGAUCUCUCCGUCCAAAUCCAGAGGUACCUGUCAGAGGUUGCUGAGGUGGAAAACUGGAUCAAUGACAAGAUGGUAUUAGUUACAAGCACAGAUUAUGGUAAAGAUGAAUCAGCAGCAGACAAAAUGCUCACCAAGAACAAGGUGCUGGAGACUGACAUUCAGACAUAUCAGGGAAUAGUAACUGGGCUUAGUAAGGAGGCCCAAAGGAUCUUCAAAAUCGGCUGUCAGGAUCCAUCCAGUCUGAGGAAAGCCCAGAUGAUUGAAUCCGUUCGCCACAAGGACAAUUUACAAGAUUUUCUGAAUAAGUUGAAGCGUCUUGCGGCUGAGCGAACCCAGAACCUGGAAAUGUCUAAAUGGAUGCAUGCUUACACCCGUGAGAGUGGUGAUCUCGAGGGCUGGAUUGAACAGCAAAUGCAGAUUGCUUCUUCAGAGGAGUACGGCCAGGAUUAUGAGUAUCUGGUUAUUUUAAGGAACAGAUUUGAUGAGUUCAAGAGAUCUGUAGAAGCAGGUGGUGAGAGAUUUAAUCAGUGUGAAAGACUGGCAAAAACUCUGCUGGAAGACAAUGUCCCAUACAGGGAACAGGUGGAAGAGAGACAGGACCAACUCAGGGAAUCCUGGAACAAUCUGUUGGAGCAGAUUGAGGCAAGGGACCAGAAAUUGUAUGGGGCUGGAGAAAUCCACAGAUUUAAUAGGGAUGUGGAGGAGGCCCUAGCCAGGAUACAGGAAAAGUACUCAAGUAUACCAGAUGACCUUGGCAGAGAUUUAUUUGCUACACAAAGUUACCUCAAGAAGCAUGAAGGAUUUGAAAAUGAACUCAUUGCACUGGAAGCUCAGCUUCAAGUAUUGAUUGAGGAUUCGGACCGCCUCCAGCAGACAUACCCGGGGGACAACGCUGCAGAGAUAGAACAGCUCCAGGCUACUGUGGUGGAGAACUGGGGUGUUCUCCAGGACCGUGCUGCACAGAGGAAGGAAGAAUUGCUGGCUGCCUCUGAACUUCAUCGCUUCUCUGCAGAUGUACGUGACCUUAUGAGCUGGGUCCAUGAGACAGAGCAUGAGAUGUUAGCAGAGAAGCCAGUGCGAGACGUACACAGUGUUGACAUGCUGAAGAGUCGACAUGAGGAACUCAAGGCUGAGAUAGAUGCUAGAGAUGAAACAUUCACAACUAUCUGCCAGACUGGCGAGGCCAUGAUUCAGGCUGAUCACUAUGCCAAAGAUGAUAUUGAAACAAAGGUAAAGCAGGUUGAAGAUACACGAGAGCGACUGAAGAAGACAUGGGAUGGCCAGAAGGAUUAUCAUGACAAACUGUAUGACCUCCAUACUUUCCUGCGCGAUGCUCAGCAGCUUGAUACCAUCAGUUCUUCACAGGAGGCUUACCUCUCUAGUGCUGACUUCGGUACUGACAUUGACCAGGUGGAAACCUUCAUUCGUCGACAUGAAGCCUUUGAUAAAGUGCUGGAGGUCCAGGAAGACAAGUUAGAAGCAUUGAAGGACCAUGGUACUGAGUUAAUCAAUAAUCAACACUUUGAGGCUCCACGAGUCCAAGCCACUCUGGACGACGUCACUGCUAGGCGUACUCGGAUCAAAGACCAGAGUGGAGUGCGGACUCAGAAACUGGAUGAUUCUCUCCUAUAUGCUCAGUUCAACAGAGACGUACAUGAGUUUGAAGGCUGGGUAGAUGACAAACUUAAAGUUGCUUAUGAGGAUGAUUUCCAGGAUGUGACAGAUUUAAAUGAAAAGAUGAAAAAGUUACAGAAACAUCAAGCAUUUGAGGCUGAAAUAAAAGCUAAUACAGAAGGUGUUGAGAAGAUUAAAGAGAAAGGCAAUGAACUGGUGCGCAGGAAGCACCCAGAGUCUGAUAGGGUUCGUCAGUGUAUGCAGCGCUUCUCCUCCAAAUGGAAUGAGCUACUGCAGGGAUCUAGUAACCGUGGCAAAGGUCUAGAAGAAGCCAAAGACAUCCUUAAGUUUAAUGAGCAGGUGGACAAGGUUGAGACCUGGAUCAGGGAGAAGGAGGCACUGGUAAAUGCAGGAGAUCUGGGCCGUGACUAUGAACACUGCUGUGAACUUCAGAAGAAAGCAAACGACUUGGAAUCAGCUGAUGCCCUUGGUGGUAUCACAGUAGAUGAUAGUCGUAUCAAAGCCAUCAAUGACCUGGCCACCAAGCUUAUCUCACAGGGACGAACUGACACUAUAGCUGUUAAACAAAGGCGUGACGAGAUGAACCAGAAAUGGAAAGGUAUCCAAGGUGACCUGGACAGUUAUAAACAGAAGUUGGCUGCAGCCCUAGAGAUCCAUGCCUUUAACCGUGAUGUUGAUGACAUAAAUGACCGAAUCAACGAGAAGGCAGUUCUGCUUUCCAGUGAAGACAUGGGUAAGGAUUUGAACGCGGUGGAGGCCCUACAGAGGAAACAAGAGGAGAUGGAACGUGACAUGACAGCUCUACAAACCCAGCUUGAGCGAAUUGAGCUGCAGUGUCGUCAGCUUUGUAACAAGUACCCUGACAUGGCAGAUUCCAUCCUGUCUAAACAACAGGAGGCCCAAGAUAACUGGGAGAAAUUAGAGGACCUGUCUGAUCUGAGAAAAUCAAGACUCGUGGAGUCCUAUAAACUUCAGAAGUUCCUUGCAGAUGCUAGAGAGCUGAUCUCUUGGUCAGGUGAUAUGACCACUAGGAUGAAUGCUGCUGACCUGGCCAAGGACGUUCCUGAGGCUGAGAGCUUACUACAGAUGCACCAUGAACGCAAGGCGGAGAUUGAUGGUCGUAAACCCCACUUUGCUGCCGUAAGAGAGUAUGGUAACAAGUUAAUUGAGAGCAAACAUUAUGCUGCAGAGGAAAUACAGAAGACCAUCGGUCAACUUGACCACACCAAACUGUCACUGAAUGGAGCUUGGGACAAGCGUAAUGUAGUCCUCACUCAGUGUCAUGACCUCCAGGUUUUCAUUGAGACAGCAGAACAAACGGAGUCCUGGAUUUCUACAAAGGAAGCUUUCCUGUCCAAUGAUGACCUUGGGAACACAUUAUACAGUGUUGAGGCGCUGAUUAAGAAACAUGAUGGUUUUGAGAAGGCAACACAGGCCCAACAGGACAGACUGGAGGACCUAAAACAGUUUGCACAAAGCUUGAACGAGCAGAACCAUUAUGCUACACAUGAGAUUGUUGAUCGCUGUCAAGCUGCUGUAGAGCGUACCAGGCGAUUCAUGGACCAGUCAGCUGCCAGAAGGCAGAAACUGGAGGAUUCUAAAAACUACCAACUCUUCCUUAGGAACUUGUAUGAAGUGUCUAACUGGAUCAACGAGAAGCUUCAGGUGGCCCUUGAUGAGUCCUACCGAGAUCCUACCAACCUACAAGCCAAACUCCAGAAGCAUCAGGCCUUUGAGGCUGAAGUCACAGCCAACAGGAACCGUGUGGAUGCUGUUGUGGAGGAGGGUAAUGGGCUUGAGAAAGAGGAUCACUAUGCCAAGACAGAUAUAGAGAAACGACUGAAUGAGCUGGAAUUAAGCUGGGAGGCUCUCAUGGCUGCUAGUGCUGAAAAGAAGGAUAGAUUGCAAGACGCUUACCAGGCUCUGAUGUUCAAUCGUGUGGUGGAUGACCUCAUGUCAUGGAUGGAGGAUGUGGAAUCACAACUCAUGUCAGAGGACCAUGGCAAGGACCUCACCUCUGUCAACAACCUCCUCAAGAAACACCAGAUGUUGGAACAGGACAUCCAAAUCCAUAGAGAGAAAGUAACUGAUGUCCAGGAUGCUGCUCAAGUGUUUAAGGAGGCUAAACAUUUCAUGAACAAAGACCUGCAGGCUAGGGCUAAAGAAACAUCAGAAAGGUAUAAGUCCCUUACUGAGCCUUGCACCAUUAGGCGUGAUAACUUGGAGGAGGCACUGUUGAUGUACCAAUUCUUCCGUGAUGUAGAGGAUGAGAUGUCUUGGAUACAAGAUAAGAAGCCAGUCGCUUCUUCUACAGACCUUGGAGCAUCCUAUCCAGCUGUCCAGAACCUCAUGAAGAAACACCAGGCACUGGAGGCUGAGAUCAUUGCCCAUGAGCCCCUAAUUGAUGAGGUGGCUAGUAAUGCCCAGAGAAUGGUCCAGUCCAAACACUUUGCCAGUCAGGACAUCGAGAUGCGACUGGAUGAACUUCACCGUGACCUUCAGCAGCUCAAGGAACAGACAUCUGUCCGCAAGGUCGCCCUACAGGACUCCCUGGAAUCUCAAAAGUUCUAUGCUGAGAUAGCAGAGGCUAACAGCUGGAUGGAUGAGAAGAUCCCAGUCCUUAGCAGUCCAGAUUACGGCAAAGACGAGGAUACAGUACAGGCCUACACAAAGAAAUUGGAUGCUCUUGAAAGAGAUAUUGAUAACUUUAGCAACAACAUUGGAGAAUUGGCAGCUCUGAGCCGCACUUUAGUGGACAAAGGUCACUAUGACAGCGAAAAUAUCAAGAAACAACAGGCAUCUAUAGAAAGUAAACACAGCCACCUUCAGGAUCUCUCCAGCCAGCGACGUGUCAGACUAACAGAUACUAAGAAACUGUUUGAGUUUUAUCGUGAGGCAGAGGAAGUGACUGUCUGGAUCUCUGACCGUGUUGUCAUAGCUGCGUCAGAGGAUUAUGGACAAGAUCUUGAGCAUGUGGAGAUGUUACAGCAGAAGUUUGAGGACUUUAUCCACGACCUUAAUUCAAGUGAAGAUCGAAUCACUAAGGUAGAAACCAUGGGGAUCGCCAUGAUUGAAGUACAACAUUUUGAGUCGGAGAAGAUCAAGAUGAGACUGGAGGAGAUUAAUCAGAUGUGGCUUGAAUUGAAAGAUGUCACCAAGGCCCGUCAGGAUGCCCUCGCAGCUGCCAAGCAGGUUCACAUGUAUGGUAGGGAUGCAGACGACACACUGGACUGGAUCCAAGAGAAAGAAGGACUGGUGACCAAGGAGGACUUUGGCCAUGAUCUGGAAAGUGUGCGGGCACUGCUUAGUAGACACGAAGGACUUGAGCGUGACCUUGCCGCCAUCAGUGAACAGGUGGAGUCAAUCACCAAGGAAGCAGAGAGACUAAUUGGCCAGUUUCCCGAUGCCCAGGAACACAUCGCCAUGAAACAUGAGGAAAUGGUUCAAUCAUGGAACAACCUUGUGGAGAAAGCCACGCUUCGUAAAGAGAAGCUACAACAGGCUGACCAACUCCAGGUCUACUUUAAUGACUACAGGGAGCUCAUAGCAUGGAUUAAUGAAAUGAUCGCCAUCAUCACAUCAGAGGAACAUCCACGGGAUCUGUCUCUGGCCGAAGCCAAGAUCACCUUAUGUAAGGAACACAAGACAGAGAUAGAGAGCCGGGAGGAGGUUGUCAACACUUUCAGGGAGACAGGACAGGUCAUGAUACAAAAUGGCCAUUUCCUGUCUGAUGAGAUACAAGACAAAGUGAAAGAUUUAAACUCUGCUUGGGAAGCGUUACUGAGUACAUUUGAAACCUACAAAAAAAUCUGUGAUCAGAACCUAGAGGCCCAGCAAUUGAAACAUGAGAUGGAACAAUUGGAAGCCUGGAUGACAAUCAGGGAACCAUUGAUGAAGGAGAAAAAUUAUGGUAGCAAUAUACAGGCAGUCGAAGAGUUACUACGGCGACAGGAUGACUUUGAGAAAACUGUUGAAGCUCAGUCAGAAAAAUUCAAAGGAAUCUGUCGCAGAACUCAGUUAGAACAGGCUAUCCUAGACAAGAAACAACAGCAGAUUGAACAAGAGAAUGCCAGAAGAGAGAUGGAGAGACUGGAGGAGAUUCGAAAACGUGAACAAGAUAGAAUCAUGGAGGAAAGAAAACGUGAAGAGGAACAGAGGAAGGCACGAGAUGUCUUACUGAGAAGACAGAAAAGUGCUGAUGGCUCUUCAGACGAGGAUGAUAUUGACCGAGAUAAGUUGGACCGUAACACAGUGAAGAACUUGAUUGGUCGCUCUCAUAGUAUAAAGAAAAACAAAGGAGAUAAGAAAGGUGACAAGGACAGUGGUGGAAAGGAGGUUCGACGCGCUAUUAGUUUCAAGUCUCGUACCGAUGGGGCCAGCUCCCCACCACCUGUGCUACAAAAGGCUUAUGAAUUUAAACAUGGGGAGGGAAUAGUUCAAAAUGACAAUGAUGAGCUGGAUGCUCCAACCCUGCCAGAUGCCCCGCCUCCAGAGAUGUUGGGCAUGUCUGACCAACAACACAUCCCUGGGCGCUCACCUCAGCUUAGCCCCAAACAGAAACGUGUAGAGGCUUUGAAAGAUGAUGGCAAAGAUAAGAAAAAGAGAACUCCUAGUUUUAAUCUUCGGAGAAGAACACGUAGUUUUAAAGAAAAAUAUAAACUUCCAGAUAAUUUACCUCCUGCUGAAGUUGAAGGACUUUUAGAGCGUAAACAGGAAUUACAAACUGGUGGUAAAAAAGCCACAAUUCGAUCCUGGAAAUCAUUCUAUACUGUAUUAUAUGGACAAAUUAUGGCAUUUUUCAAAGACAAGGAAGCCUCUGUAGAGAAAGUGCCCUGUGCUCCGUCCCUAUUUAUACACAAUGCUUAUUGUGAGGCUGCUAGAGACUACCACAAAAAGAAGAAUGUUUUCCGACUACGACUCAAAGAUGGAGCUGAAUUCUUAAUGGAAGCAAGCAAUCAGAUUGAAAUGAAUGAAUGGCUUUCUAAAGUCAGCCAUUUUGCAGCUCAGUUGCCCAUGCACACAGAUUCGGAAUUCAUACAUAAUUCUGAUCAGAGGGACGACGAUGGAGGGGCAGAAGAUGAGAUGCUGGAAGACUCAGAGUUGAGAGAAAUAUUUACAGCUGCUCAAGUUUCUGAAGAUGUGGCUGAAGCGAUGGCAAAUAAUGAACAUCUUGAAGGUCGUGCUCGCAGCACAUCUCCACUCGCACCUCACAGAGAAUCUCAGGAGUUCAGAGAAGAGGACCUGGCCAGGGUACGCCAGAUGGCUGAUCAUGGUAACUCCUCAGGUGUUCCGGGUAACUCUGUGGAGGUGUCAGAGGCUGAACCUGUAAACCGGCAGGACAGUCCAAGGGAGGAGUUUCAAGACGUCCAAACACCUCAGAAUGACCGAACAGUGAGCAGAUUGAGUGACCCCUCUUCAGAUCAUGUGGAAGAUGAAGUAGUAUCACCACCACCACCUCUGCCACUCUCAGAACAGCCACCAGUAGUUAUGGAAACAUCUGACCAGUCACCUGUAGUCAUGGCAACAUCUGACCAGUCACCAGUUGUUACACCUCAGAGUUAUAAUGGUAGUGAUGAACUCAACGGAGAUGGUCAUGACCAUCAACAAUAUCAGCAGGAAAGCCCAAGAGCAAGGCCGCAACAAGCUCCACGAGAACGCCCCAUGUCGGAUCAUCUUGGGGCUGAAGAGGCGGACCAUGGGGACGAAGAUAAGAAGGGAAAGAGAAGAAGCAUGUUUGGUUUCCUCAAGAAGAAAAAGGACAAAGACCAUGAAGAACACAAAGAGCACAAAAAACACAAGAAAGACAAGAAGUCAGACACGUAGUCUUCACAGCAAAUAAUAAACAGGCUCAGAAUCAUAAAAUAGGAUGAUAAAUUUCCUAAUAUAAAAUGGCAAGAGCAGAUUCGUCGAAAACAUUGUAAUGGAAGAAAACCGAAAUAUCACAAAGAGAUGAGAGUGUGGUAACAAACUUCGUACAAAAAUUGAUGCAUGAAUAUGAGCGAUGAGUGUACAUUACAGGUAU